CUGCACAUGGGAGUGGACGAGAGCUACGAGCUAUCCAUCCCACACGCAUCGACACCACCACAUACUGCUGAUGCCACUGAUGCUGCUCGUGACUUAGAUGGUGGCAACCCAGCUGCACGGCAUGGCCAUGCCACCACUCAUGCCACCAUUCGGGCCAACACCACCACCGGAGCAUUGCGAGCACUAGAGACCCUCUCACAGCUGUGUGUCUUUGACUUCGUGGCUCGCCUGGUCACCAUCCGGGGCUCGCCCCUCCUCAUCCGCGAUGCACCCCGCUUCCAGCACCGCGGGCUGCUCAUAGACACGGCGCGGCAUUUCCUGCCAGUGCCAGUGAUGGAGAGGGUUAUUGACUCCAUGGCCCAUGCCAAGCUCAACGUGCUGCACUGGCACAUGGUGGACACACAGUCUUUCCCCAUCGAGACACCCUCCUUCCCUCGCCUCUGGCUGGGCGCUUUCUCUCCCUUCGAGCGCUACACCACUGAUGACAUGCACCACAUUGUGCAAUACGCGGAGGAGAGGGGGGUGAUGGUGGUACCUGAACUGGACUCACCAGCACACGCUGCCUCAUGGGGAGUGGGCUAUCCGCCUCUCCUGCCGUCUGCCAACUGCCCCGAGCCUCUCGAUGUCUCCAACCCCUUCACCUUCCAGCUCAUCAAAGGGGUGCUGCAAGACCUCCGUGCCAUCUUCAAAAGCUCUUACAUUCACCUGGGGGGUGACGAAGUCAGCUUUGAGUGUUGGGAGGCGUCUCCCACCAUAAAAGCAUGGCUGCAGCAGCGCAAUCUGACAGCAGAGGGCGGCUAUGGGUACUUUGUGAGGCGAGUGCAGGCAUUGGCCGUGGAGGCUGGGUGGCAGACUGCUGUCGUGUGGGAGGAGCCGUUCAAGGUGUUUGGCGCAGACCUGGAUCCAGCCACUACCAUCGUGCAGAACUGGUUUGACACGGCUCUGCCGCCCGCAAUCGUGCAGUCUGGAUUUCGAAUGAUUUUCAGCAAUCUCAACCGCGGCUGGUACCUUGACUUCAUUGACCGCACGUGGAGCGAGGUGUAUUCUCAGGAGCCCACAGCAGGGGUGGCAGAGGCACUACAGCACCUGGUGGUGGGUGGCGAGACGUGCAUGUGGGGGGAGCGGGUGGACCCUUCUGAUCUGCUCAACACUUUGGCAGCAGGAGUGCCAGAGGCACUACAGCACCUGGUGGUGGGCGUCGAGACGUGCAUGUGGGGGGAGCGGGUAGACCCAUCUGAUCUGCUCAACACUGGGCCGCAUUCCCUUAAAUGUUUACUCUCCCGUGUGCACAUGUUCUGCUGCCUGCUCGCGUCCCUCCUUUCCUCCCAUCACUCUCUGUCUCUCUGUUUCUCCCCCUCCCCACUCAGAGCAACUGUGGAGCCCCCGGGCAUAUGUUUACUCGUUUCCUCGCAUCUCUCUCACGCUCACACGCGCCAGCACAUGUUCCGCUGCCUGCCCACAUCGCUCCCUCCCAUCUCUAUCUGUUUCCCUCCCCCUCCCCACACAGAGCGCCUCUAG